CCAAGUGGCAUGCAUGUCGGUCGCUCAAAUGUGAAGACAGUCGCAGAGCGUCGCCUCCCACAAAUACAACGUUUUCUCAUCUCACUCUUCAAUUCAGCGGAUGAGAUUGCGCAUUCGGAUUUGGUGUAUACAUUCUUCCAUCCCUUGUUGCGCGAUCAGCAGGAGGCUAAGUUGACGGUGUCUAAAGUUAGAGAAGUCAAGCAGCAAACGCGUGAGAACCCCUAUGAAGUUGGUCAGAUAAAAUUAUCAUUACAAUAUCGCCGUGGUGUCUUAACAGUGAUG